GGCAGCUGCCCCACGUCACGCAAAUCUAUUUUCCACUCAAGCAUCGCUCGCUCGAUUGAACCGGCCUGCGAAAUACCGAACGCUUCAACCGCCGACUAAUUGUCGACGCUGCCCCGCACGCAAAGGCCAGGACAUUUGGGGCAAUCCCCUUCGAGCACCCUCCUGGCUGUCGGCCUAUCUGCCUCGGUCGCUGCCGCCGCUACCUGUCCGUCUUUAGAAGCGCCCGUUUGUUGCGCUUUUAGAACGCCUCGCUGAGCAAACAAGACGACUCCCCAACCCGGCAAGCGAGGCCAGGGCUGCACUUACGCAUACACGCACGCACGCACUCAUCCAGCCCAGCCCUGCCCGGCACUUGCCUCGUUCCUCUUUGACCACGAGCCACCCCAAUUGCGCUUCGACCCACAACAUACAACGAGGUCGCUCAGGCCGACCAGCAGCAAAACGCAAACUUGCUUUGUCGCAUCGUCCUGCAGGCCGGAGCAUUAUCGGCUUCCCGAGCGAGACUGCCAGUCACAAGCUCGCUCUUUAUCGUGCGCGGCCUCCGCCUUCUUUAUGUCCCUUGAUGUCUGGGAACCACUCUUAACGACCGAGGCAAUUCGCCGACGACCUUGUCCGUUCGAUCGUCGAUAACCGCCCGGCUUAACGCGAUGUCAGCCUUAGCCAGCGAUCCCUUCCACGACGCGCCUCCCGAAAUCAAAUCAUUCCUCCUUUCCGAGGAGGUACCCACCACGGUUAAGGAAUGGUUUAAAGGCAAAGUAGCAAGUCGCGCCCGCGUCCGCGACCGCGACACAAGGAUCCGGGCACUGGAGGAGGAAAACGCAAGGCUUAAAGAGGAGGCUAAGGAGAAGGCCCAGCAGCAGGCUGAAAAGCAGGCUGAGAAGAUCAGACAGCAGGCUGAAGAGAACGAAAACUUGCGGGCCGAGCUUGAAAAACUGCGCCAAAGCAAGCAGAAAAGUACAGCCGGGACCAGUGAGCAGGCUGAGCAGCGUGCCGAGAACAUCGAGAGACAGCUGGCCGAACAGCACGCCAAAGGGAUCGAGAAUCUCCGGGCCGAGCUAGCCAAGAAGAUAGAGGAACUAGAGGCCGACAAGGAGCGGCUCAAACAGGAGGCUGAAAAGGCCAAGAGACAGGCCGAACUUGAGCUUCGUCGACAGAAUACGGCCGGGACUGGUGAGUAGCACAUUAAGCAGGCAACCUCCGAACAAAGACUAACUACCGAAUUAGAUGCA